AACAAUCGCAGCCCUGCAAGAAUCAAAACCCUAAAACAACAAAAACUCAGCAGCUACAUCGAAUCAAACUAACAUUUUCCAUUCAAUUUCAUCGCAUCACUGAGCUAUUCUUCUUCCCAGAAAUCUCAGCCGGAAUCUCUCGCCGGUUGCCAGAAACGAAGUUCUUGCUGUAAUGGAGGAUACCGAGAAUGCCUUACAGUCAUCAAAGAAAAGGGCUGCUGGACGGGAGCUCACACGAGACACUCCUCUUGACGACGAUGAAGAUGACGCUGAUCUUUAUACUGGAACUUUCAAGAAAGCCAGUGACGAGGUUCUAGCAUCCCAGAGAAUUAUCAAAGUAGGACGUCGCCAACAAACUAAUUCUACUCUUUCUUCAAACCCUUUUGCUGGAAUACGCUUGUCUGCUCCUACUGAAUCCAGUGCCAAGCCUGUUGAAGCUACUGCUGAAACACUACCGGAGAAAGCUAAGGAUGAAGAAACUAAGCAGCAGCUAGAGAGCAAAGCUCUUGAGGUACAGGACAAAUCUACUUCAAAUAACGAUGCUGCAAAAAAAAAAAAAACAAUGUAAGUAAGGAGCUUGCGGAGAAGGAGAGUAUCGGCGAGAACUCUAAAGUAGAUCAUGAACAAAGUAAGGAUGGAAGUAAGAUUGAAAAUGAGGGAAAUAAGGAAGCUGCUGAUAAAGAAAGUGCAGAUGAGAUUGA